UCUACUUGGUACAUGUCGAGGGGAAGUCAAUCACAGGCUUCCCAUCGUCAACACCGCACGUAGAUGGCGAGCUUCCUCAGGGGAGGCCGCAAUUGGAAUAUAAAUCCUGAGAGAGGCCGCUACCUGGCAAUGGCAAGGACGGCCUCGCCGCACCAUAGGUAAGUCUGGUACGGUCGUCCGCCUCCCCCGUCCUUGUUUUAUACCUAAUACCGCACCGCCUUGAUGAAACUGCUCUUAAGAACCGUUGCGACUGACACCAUAUUAUGGUGCUUGAUCUUAACUAGCCAGCUUAUCUGAGCCCACACACCUCCCCCCUCUAUAAUUUCAAUUGCCUGUAUAGAGACAUCAAUUCUGACGGAUACCCGUCUGCGUCUAGCAAUGAAUAGCCAGGCAUACCUCCGGUUCCUCCGUCCGUAUCUCUACCGGAUUGCCCCGGCUAGAGCGGCUGUGUAUACGCGGUUCUCCUCUAUAAGCUCGCGCGGUUUAGUUCAAGGCAGAGACUUAGCCAACUCCGGGUCGCGAAAGUCCCCAUGUACCAGACGGCUGCAUGUUGUUGCAGCCAAGAGGGCUGCAGGCAGCCAUUCUGACGCUCCGUCAACGGUUCCAACCACGACCGCAGCCGUCCGUCAGGUUGUCGUGGACUCUCGAGUCCAAAAGCUGAAGCAAUGUGGCGCCCUUCACUAUCCGAGACUCGGAGACCGGCCUAAUAGGAUAAGCAUACCGGGAUUUCGGGAGAGAUACCGGGACGAAUCUUCGACCCCGGCCGAGGAAAUAGUUUUGCUAGAGGGUCGGGUCAUGUCAGUGAGACGGUCCGCGUCCAAACUCGUGUUCCUCACCAUUCUAGGCCAGUAUCAGCAAGUCCAGGUCAUGAUUAGUCUAAGUUCGAUAGCCGAGCCAAAACCCACUCCCCAGCAAUUCAAGGACGCCCUCCACCCGUACCUUCGCGGGGACAUCGUCUCCGUCACGGGCACCGCGGUGCGGACGAAGGCGGGCGAGCUGACUCUCAAGGCAAUCAACAUGCCCUCUCUCCUAGCUCCCGGUCUAGCGCAACUCCCUGAGGAUCUAUUCAACCACGAGACGAUGGUUUUGAAUAAGCACAUAGAUAUGUUAAUUCACCGCCGGACAUCGAAUAUCUUUCGCCUCCGUUCGCAUAUCAUCAAGGCCAUGCGAGAUUUCUUCCACGAGAGGGAUUUCCUCGAAGUGCAGACGCCCAUCCUAGCAGACUACGCCAGCGGGGCAGCCGCCCGACCAUUCCUAACAUCGGCCGCCGAGUUACACCACAAGGAGCUUGCCUUGCGGAUCGCUCCCGAGCUGUGGCUCAAGCGUCUGGUGGUGGGCGGUAACGACAAAGUCUUCGAGAUUGGUCCCGCUUUCCGCAACGAGGGCAUCGACACUACGCACAACCCCGAGUUCACGAUAUGUGAAUUCUAUUCUGCGUACUCCAAUCUGUCCGAGUUAAUCUCCAUCACGGAGGAUUUUGUCACACGGCUGUUUCAAAAGACCAAACGCCUCGUGGAAACCGAAUUCGAGUCACUUGAGGGGCCGAGAAUGGAUUUACCCGAGGGGAACUGGGAACAAGUGGAAUUUAUUCCAGCGCUGGAAGAGGUCCUUGGGUUUAAAUUCCCGGAUCUCUCGCUACCCGACGCGCUACCGAAGCUCAUCGAACUACUAGACGGCCGAGUCAAGAUUGAACAAGGGCCGGAGCUCACACUAGCCAAGCUCCUCGACGACACCGCCGGCCAGUAUCUCGAGCCUCGGUCCCAGGAGAAGCCCCUUUUCAUCAUCCACCAUCCCGCUUGCAUGGCGCCUCUUUCUAAAUCGUUUACCUGCCCUAAGACGGGCCAGCUUGUGUCCGCUCGUGCCGAGCUAUUCAUAAAAGCGCGCGAGAUUGCAAACAUGUACGAGGAGGAGAACGAUCCCUUCGAGCAACGACGCAAAUUUGAGCUGCAACUGGCGUCACGGAGCCACCAAUCCGGCGAGGCAAACGGUGAUGCGCUCGAAGUGGAUGAGAGCUACGUCCGAGCGCUAGAGAUCGGGCUACCUCCGACGGGAGGUUGGGGCUGCGGUGUAGACCGACUCAUUAUGCUUCUUUCCGGAGCGCCGCGGAUCGGCGAAACCCUCAGCUUUGGGACUCUGAAAAAUGUCGUAGCACUCCGGGCAGCCGCCUAGGGGACAGUCGCCCAGAAGAUCUGAUG